GUUUUCAACGACGGAAAGCGAGUAUUAUUCUCCUAACUCACGUCUUAUCAGUAGAAUCUACCUCGAAUGCUCUCAGCUCUUUCUUCUUCUUUUCCUACAUUUUUAUCUUAUAAACAUCAUCGUAUGUUCAAUUAUUUCUUUAUUUAUGCAGAAUUACGGAAAGAAAUAUUCAAAUUUUAACGUUGCAUGACGAGCGCAGCGGAGCUAUUUUACACCAGGAGGACUCGUUUGGGUAGGGGCAGCUCCGGAUUUGAGUCCGAUUCCGUUCCUGACCGAAUAUCUCCCCACCACCGUAUCACUGGUAACCGUCACCACCGCCACCAGCGCUGUGGCAAUGGAGCUCGCCGUGUCGGUAGGCUCGAUUUGAUCGCCUCUGACCCUCUUCCGCGGUCUAGAAUUCUAACCCACCGUUCCUCUGUUCAGGAACAUGACUCAGUUGACCUUGAUCCCUUCACUAGCCCAUCUUCUCCGGGAAGCAUAAACAGCUCAGAAAAUGAAAUCAAUAUAAGAGAUAGGUUUAGAAUUACUGGGGAUGAUGGGCUUCCUGGAUCUGUCAUACUUGCAAGGGAAAGACUUCUUCAAAGACUCAGAGGCAUUUCUCUAUCUGGAAACAGGUGCAGCAAUCGGGUCUCAACAAGCACCAAUAGAAGAAACUUGGCAACAGAAGAUGACUUUAGGGUUGCUGGUUCUAGGGAUCAGGUAGCUAGAACAGGCACGACUGUUGAGUUUGUCUCGAGAGACAGGAUCAAGAGACCUCCGGGGCUCACCAAAGAAUCACUCAAGUCUCUGCGUGUUGAGUUUUUCAAUAACUUAGAGGCAAUCCCGAGUGUACCGCUGGAGUGUAGCAUUUGUCUGGAGGCUUUCUUGAAUGGAGACAAGCUGUUUUGUUUACCGUGUGGGCAUAAGUUCCAUGAUGUCUGCCUCGUCCCCUGGGUCCGGACUUGCGGAGACUGUCCUUAUUGCAGAGCAUCUAUAUCCAAAAACAGUUCGUAAUUUUGUAUUGACUAAGGUUGUCGAUCUGCUCCCCAGAAUGAUUUUGUUUGUGUGACUAUAUUAGAAGCCAGAUAGAUGCAUCUAAUGUACUUGCCUGUUCCCUGUCGCAACCAGCUAUACAUACACUACUAAUACAAAGUAAAGUGACUGCAAUUACACGUUU